CUCUUUGAUUUCUUCUGGUAAUUGAGAAUUUAGAGUAAAAGAAUGUAGCUGCCCCCAAGCACUACUAAUGAAAGUACUGUUAAGAAUUAGUAUUUUAUGGCCUGAUAUGAUUUUUAUCAAUUCUUGAGCAUAAAGUGAUAUUUAUUAAUUAGACCUUGACACUUGGGAGUAAAACUCUAAGCUUUCUUAUUUGGUCUGAAGCUCUAUUUGGUACGUUAAACGAAUGGUGAAGAUUGCUAAAAAAUAUGUAAAAUUUUUUGGAAAUAAGGAUUUGCUCUGGGAGUGUUUCAAUUUUUAUUUUAGUUUAAAUUAACCUCAGCAGAGAAAGUCAAACAAAUAAGGAAAUGCCUAAUCAGAGAGUAUACUUAACAAGCACCCAGAAAGCAACUAAAGUUACAGUAUUAAAGGAAGCAUUCAACUAUGAUCUUCUAGAAGGCUGCUAUAGGCUAUGAAUACAAAACACAACCCUAUUCGGGACAAGUGUUUUACAUAGGCCAACUUCUUAAGCUACUAUGAAGUAGAGUUUCUUCAUAAACUUUACAAGAACUCUACUUACAAUGCAGUUUGUCAUAAAGUAAUAAGCUAAAGCAACCCAAAACACAUAUUGAUCUGUAUUAUUAAUAAUAACAAGCCUAAAAGUCUAGGCUACGACUACGAAGACAGUUACUAUGACUCUUCUUCAGAAUAAGAUAGCCCUUUUAAAACCUGGCUCCAAUGAAGAGAAACUGUAAACUAAUAAAGAUCAGAAUAUUUCAAAAAUUUUAUUAAUUUUUAGAAAGAUAUUAAAAGAUUUCUCUCUCACUGGAGUAUCUCUUUGAAGUUAGGAAAUAUCUUCCUGAACCUAUCCGAAGAGACCAUAGCUUGGAAAUGUAUAUAAUCUUUGAGGCUGAAACUUAUUAUCAUUGCCUUGU